CAAUGCUUGCGAGUUUGUCCAGACCACCGACGAACGAAACUGGGAUCCUAAACGUGAUAUGUAUUGGAAAUUGUCGGGGAACAAAAGGACGGACGUUUGUGACUUCCUUUUCGGCGCCAGACCGCCUGGUCCGACCGACCUCGAAUACACUCAACGGAGAAACCUGGUGUUCGCUGUGCUCAAUGGGUACCACGGUGCACCCAGGGAGUCUUUCUCGCACUUCCUAAGAAGGCUGGAGCACGUUUACUUCACGCUGGCCGAACCGCUCACUCUCGAAAACUACAAGUCACAGUUUGACGAGGAGGACCCUUUCGACGCUGAAGACAUGGAGGAGCUGAGCGACUCCGAAACCUUCGAUUUCGAGUCCAUGCCACUUCCUCGGGUGGUUGGACAGGUUGGUGAUGAAGAGGAAGGUGGCCUUCGGAGAUAUAGCACGUCCCCUGCCGGUUUGAAGUGUGUGUUUCGGGGCGAACCAGUCGACGACCAAUCUUCUGAUGACGGGGAGGAAGAGAGAGACUAUGAUCACGAACCUUGUGACAGGCUCCCUGUGGACCAUGAUACCUGGCAGAAUGACAAACUCUAUUUCUUCGGCAAGCAUCACCGGUUCACGUCGGAGGAUGUCUGGGGACACAACGUCGUAUGGCACCCGAGGAUAUUCCAACCUGCUGUGAGGAAUGGAAUAUGGGUCAUGGCAAUAAAGGAGGCCGAUGGCAAGUGGAGUGAACUGAAGAGACUGGGAGCGGGUGCAUUUAAGAGAAAGGCAAGAACUGCUCUGGUGGAGCAUUUGAGUCUCAUGAACCCCGAGAGGAACAAUCAGGACGUCGAAGCGUAUGCAGAACAAAAGCUAUGUGAGUUGUACGCCAACAACAUGUUGGAGUUUCGAGCACCUUUCUACGCACUCGAAACGGUACCGUCUCGUGGCAUUGACUGGUGCAUGCCGCAACCUCCGUCGGCCGGUCAGCAUCCGGGAGGGGGUGGUGGAGGAGACGAAGGAGACGRCRUAGGUGGCGGAGGAGACGGCUCACAGUUUUUCCGGAAAGGGGACGGGGGAGACAUCUUGGACACAGGGUUACCCUGCUCGCCUCCUUUCUCAUGUGUUGAGACUCGAGACUGGCGGUCCCGCGACGUGCUGGAGGGGACCGCUUCAGGAGUGCUGGAGACCGGGGGUAGCGAGAACGAACGUCACACUCCUGGGGAAGACGAGCGCUCUCCGGGAAUGCGUGCUGUACAUCGGGAUGAGGAGACUCAACGCUGGCAGUCUCGCAAAGUGUUGGAGACCAGAGGUAGUGAGUGUGAAUGUCAUGCUUCGGAGGGUGCGUCCGUGGACACUGACAGCGAGAGUGCAGGAGCCCUGGGGGAAACGCAUGCUGUACAGCGGGGAAAGGAGACUCGACACGGGCCCGCUCGUGAAGACGUGACGUGGCUCCACGCACGAGCGCUGGUGAUCGGGACGUCUGAAGAGGCUCUGCACUGUCGCUCGGCUGUGGCCACGACGCGAGAGGGUGUCGUUAAGGGAGGUCAGUGGACGUCCGUGCAAGCUCCCGUUCUUGGCGACGAUGAAGACGAAGAAGAACCCGCGGUGGAAGCUCGGGUUCAUGGCGAUGAGAAAGGCGGAGAACCCGUGGUGGAAGGCGGUGAGGUGACUGUCGACAUCCGGACGGAUCCACAGCGGAAAGAUUGUGAUUCCGCGCCCACCCGUUGCGGUGACGAACAGGGUGGUCGGGCGUCUGUCUUGAGCACCGCUCGGGGAAUGGUUCUUCAUGAAGCCAUAGAGUUGGGUGACGACUCAGCAGCCACCAAGCUGGUUAGCGACUCAGGCGUGGCCGAGAUGUAGAACGUCGAAUCCUCCGUGGAAGGCGGUGAGGUGGCCGUCAGCAUCAAGAUGGAUCCAGAGCGGAAAGAUCAGAUUCU